AUUUCCUCAAGUGUUGAGAUUUUAUCACGCGUAUGUUUACCUCAACUGUUAGAUUAUAGUCAAACACGAAGAAAACUUAGCUAGCAAAAUAAGUUAACUUUUCAGACGGGAUCGCUUUAAAUCUGAUCAAAAACUGUUCAGAAAUACGAAUUUGAAAGGAAAACCCCACGGCAACACUAAUGUUCGUAUACGAACUUUAACAUGUUAAUAAAGAGACGGGAAUUAGUUCGAUGCGCCUAGGCAAUCAUAAUGUCACAUGGAUCAACAGUUUAAAAAAAUGGCGGAGCGACUGAAAAAGGAACGGGUGAAGAGAAAGUCAGAGGAGGAGCUGUUAGCUACGAAAAAAGAGUGCAAAAGGAAAUACGAGUUAUCGUCACAUAUAAUAAGAAUUUCAUUGAGAAAUUUUAGUAGAUGGAAAGAUGCAAAAAAUGCCCUGAAUGUCAAGACGAAUGACGAAGUUGCAUCGGCUCUUCUUGAUCUGUGGGAAGGCAUGUUAACAGAUGUGAUGAAGGAAGCAGAUGAAAUUCAAAAGAUAACAAAAGAAGCUGAGCCAGAACAAACUCUCCAAAAAAGGUCUCAUCUCUUAGGAGAAACAACAAUGGCUGUACAUUCCACACCAGUAGCCGCUGAGAAAAACAUUCCUACAUCAGUUGAGUUUGGUGGCAUAUCUAAUAUUUCAGAGUCAAAUGGGCAAUCUUCAGAUGCAUCUGUAUCCAGCUCAUUGAAAGAUGCAUCAUUACAAAAAUAUAUAGAAAAGGCAAAAGAAACCGAUGCAUCUUUUAUAAAUAUUACAUUAGAGUUGAUGCCUGCUGAAAAAGAUGUAAGCUACCAUCCAACUAUGAGUGAAGAAGAAGAGGCAUAUUCUGAAGAUAGCAAGACUGAUGAGGAUGAAGAUUAUUUGCUUGAAAUGUCUUUAAGGGAUGACAAUAGAGUAAGUGAUGAUGUGCCAGUGUGUGCUGUAGCUGAUGCAAUUUUAGAUAUAGAAGAUGACUUUGUAGUGCAGGAUGAAGAAACAGAUGAGGACACCGAGGAUACAGAGACAGAGGAAAGAGAUAUUGUCACAGAGAGAAAAGCAAUAUGCUUUGAAAAGAACCUGAUGGAAUUGGCCAGUAUUCAUAUAAGUAGUGAAUGCAACCGUAAAAAAUGUGACAAAAUAGUUGGUUUGGACACACGUAUGAUUGGCUCCUGCUUUCGAAUGACAUGGAAAUGCGAAAAGGGACACAUUAUAAGAAGAUGGAAUUCUCAGCCAUUGCUGAAAAAGAAGCCUGCAGGUGACUUACUAUUGUCCGCAGCAUUACUGUGUAGCGGAAACAAUUAUGAAAAAGUACGUCUUGAUCUUAUUUGGGAAAAACAAAAGUCUUCUAUAAAUUUAUAUUUUGUUACAAUUGUAGGUGGUGGCCGUAUGGACUCACCAGGACAUUCAGCCCAGUAUUGUACAUACACCAUAAUGGAAUAUGAGAACAAGGACAUACUUGCCUGUGAGAUAGUGGAUAAAAGAGAAACAGACAUGAAGUCAACCGCUAUGGAAAAAGAAGGACUGAAGCGUUGUUUAAAGAAAUUGUCUGAUAGUGGAAUAACCAUACAAGAGCUCUGUACUGAUGCAAGCACACCUAUUGCCUCAAUGAUUGGUGGAGAAUUUAUUUAA